AUGUUGCCGCUAACGUGCGCAUUUAUAUGUGUGACUGCUGUUGCAUGUCAAAGUGCCGGCACAGGUACAUUUGACCCCAAUGCCUUGAAUUUCGGUUCUGCUGGCGGAUCCACCGGAAGUUCAAGCACUGGAAAUGCAGGAGGUGCUGGGUUUGACACAUCCGGGGGCUUUGGUGGAAGUGGUUUCGGCAUGAGCGGAAGCGGAAGUGGUAGCGGAACAUCUGGAAGCAGCGGUGGAUUUGGUGGAAGUGGUUUUGGAAGCUCAAGUGGAAGUGGUGCUAGCGGUGGUUUUGGUGGAAGUGGUUUCGGCAGCAGCUCGGGCGGUGACUCUAGCAGCAGUGGUGGUUUUGGAGGCAGUGGAUUUGGUAGCUCUUCAGGCGGAGGUGCGACCUCAGGGUAA